AUGCUGCUGCGUGGCCUCACCCUCCUGGCUCCUAGGGCUGCUCUGUUGACACGGCUCCUCCCCCUCCCGGGCCUGGGAGCCCCACGGAGCCUCUCCAGCACCUGUGACACCAACGCUUAUGAUGUGGUGGUGGUGGGUGCGGGCAUCGUGGGCCUGGCAGUGGCCCGUCUGCUGGUUCUCCGUCACCCCGACCUCCUCGUGGGCGUCCUGGAGAAGGAGGCUGGUGUGGCGCGACAUCAGUCAGGCCACAACAGUGGAGUCAUCCACAGUGGUCUCUACUAUGCCCCCGGCUCCCUCAAGGCCAGGCUGUGUGUGCGAGGUGCCGCCCUGCUCUACGCCUACUGUGAGGAGCGCCACAUCCCUUACCGGCGCUGUGGCAAGCUGGUGGUGGCUGUGGAACGCAGUGAGGUCCCGCGCCUGCGGGCCCUCUAUGAGCGGGGCCUGCAGAACAAAGUGCCCGACUUGCGUCUGCUGGGGCCACCCGACAUCCAGGAGCGGGAGCCAUACUGCCGCGGCCUGCUGGCCCUCGAGUCUCCUCACACUGGCAUAGUGGACUACAAGCGCGUGGCUGAGGCCUACGCGGAGGACUUUUGUGAGGCUGGAGGCGUCCUGCACAUGGGCUUCGAGGUGAACAAUAUCCAGCUGGUUGGGAGUGGGGCGCAGGCCCCCAUUGAGAUCCUUAGCACAGGUGGGGCCUGUGUCCAAAGCCGCUAUGUGGUCACGUGUGCAGGGCUGCAGUCCGACCGGGUAGCCCAGCUGAGCGGGUGCAGCUCCCAGCCCAGCAUAGUGCCCUUCCGCGGGGACUACCUGGUGCUGCGGCCUGAGAAGGCGCACCUGGUCAGGGGCAACAUCUACCCCACGCCCAAUCCCCGCUUACCCUUCCUGGGGGUCCACUUCACUCCCCGCAUGGAUGGCAGCGUGUGGCUGGGCCCCAAUGCUAUUCUGGCCUUCAAGCGUGAGGGCUAUGGUUUCCUGGAUUUCAAUGCCAGGGACACGUGCGACACAGUGCUUAACAGAGGCCUGGUCAAGUUGCUCUUCCGACACUUCAAUGCUGGCCUGGCCGAGCUCCUGCGCAGCUUCUCCUUGGCAGCCACUAUCAAGGAUCUACAGAGGUUUAUUCCCGAGAUCACUGUCGAAGAUGUUGCCCGUGGGCCCUCUGGGGUCCGAGCCCAAGCCCUGGAUGGGGAGGGCAACCUUGUGGAUGACUUUGUAUUCGAUGGAGGAGUUGGUGCUUUGGGAAGUCGGAUCCUGCAUGUGAGAAACGCACCCUCUCCAGCAGCCACCUCAUCUCUGGCCAUUUCAGAAGUGAUUGUGGAUGAACUGGAACAGAAAUUUGAAAUUAUGAACCAUGGAGGAUGAGGUGGACAUUCAGAGACAUGUUAGGUCCUAGGAGAACACAAAAAUGUGAAUGUGAUUAUUUUAUUAAAUGAAAACCAAUGUUCCUUUAUUUUGUUUUAUUUUUUUUUAAUUCCCAGAAAGUUUGCCACAAAGAGAUUGUUCUGGAUUGGUUGCCAGUGAGGGCCACAAAAACACCUAGGUCCUUUUAUUCUUCCCAGGACAUCUUACCUUUUUUCUCAGUAACAGCUCUUAAGACAGAAGGGCAAAGGCUGGGCAAAAAAGUUUAAGUGUUUUUCCCAGGUUCAAACAGCCAGGAAGUGUCUGAGGCCAGAUUUGGACCCUGACCUUCUCCACUCUAGGUCUCAUGCUCUAGCCACCCAGGACAUCUUAUGCUUCCAAAUCUUUGUGUGAGAUGUUAGCAAUUUGUAAUUAUUUUGUAAUAGUUAUUUUUAAAAAUCUAUAUAUGUAAAGUAUGUGAAAAUCACUGGGAUGGACAAUGACAAUGAUUACUAUGCAAUGUUUUGAAUAAGGGCUCAAUCAAAAGGCAUUUAUUAAAUGAUUACUGA